AUGGCGCUUGUGAUGUUACCUUGUGACCUGCCAUGGUGGACUUCAGUGCAGCGCCACUUAAAGCAUCUGUUAGUCGCUUCUUCACCAGCGAAAUUGGCAGGCAGUAUGUUAAAAAUCCACGACAUGUGCAACAUAGGAAUAGAUCCAGAUGACGAUAUUAAAGAUCCAGAGCUCAUGAAAGGUUUAGAACAGUUUCUAAAUGACGAAAUAUCCGACGAGGAUCGAAGAAAUUUUCUGGAUAACACUAUUCGAAUUAUGGUCAACAGAGCAUUGCAUCUCAAAAAAUGGCGACCACCGAAAGGACUUAUUUUUAGUUUACAGCAACAGAGUGAUGUGACUGAACUCGACUAUAAUUUUCUUUCGUCGCUCGUUGCACAUGCAUUCUUUUCUACUUUUCCCAAACGGACGCUCAAAACACAUCCAACAUUGCAAGACUUUAACUUUUCGCAUUUUUUUAAGAAUUUACACAGAAAAUCUCAAAGAAAUAAAUUAAAAAGCUUGCUUCAUUACUUUGAAUGGUUGGACAAGAAUAGCAACGAAGGAUCUAUUAAAUUAAGUAGACAGGUUAUGUCUUCGAAACAGUGGCUGACAAUAGAGGAUUGGUUGGAAUGUACGCUGCCUUUAUGUAGACUGCUAGUAAGACACGAAGGUCGGCCUGAAAGGUGUGAAAAUGAUGACGCUCUGAGAGUCUGUUUUGCAUCUAGUCGCAUUGGUGGUGAUGUACUCGUUGACGGAGAAUCACAAGAAUCUUUAACAAUGUUCAUGAUGCCAGAACUUUUACCCGCGAUGCUCUCCGUUGAGGCACUCGAAGACAAUGAAGUUUUAAAAGUAGAAGGUGUUCGAAUGUUCAGCAGAAUUAGUGACAAAAGGCAAAAAAAUCAUAUAGAACUGUUAGACGAACCUAAAACGGUAACAUUAUGUCUAAUGGAUGCAGAAGAUUACAGUGCAUUACCAUUAGGUCAAUGGGAAGAAGAUAACAUACUUCGAGAACUAAAUAAAAGUCUAUUGGCCUUUCAGCAAACUCCUAUGAAAGGUCGUGAUAAUCAGAAACAUGAACGACGACUGUCGCCAAUUGGUGAAUCAUUCUGUCAAACGCCACCAGAAGUGGAAACAACAGUUAUGAUCAAGCAAGCGUCAUCUUCGAGUACAAUAAAUAGUAUAAGCAGCAGAAGUCCCUCUCCUCAGAACUACAGCGCCGCAGCCCUGAACCUCAGUGAUCCGAGUGUUGAAUUACAAAAACGUAAAUGCUGGCUCUCACCUGAUGCUGGAACUCUAAACAAUCGCAGAGGAAGGUUUAUAGUUCUUGGCUCUUCUGGGGAGUGUCUCCCGGUUAAAAGAACAUCUGCUCAUCCAAAUCUAGAUACGCAAGAAGAUAGCCUGUAUUCAAGUUGCAAUUCAAGUGACGAUGAAUUCCACAGUGCCAAUGAUAGCUUUGAUUACGGUAGCGAAGAUGAAGGAAGAGGGGAAAGUGCGCGACCAAAUUCAUUCCAAUACUCAAAAGAACUAUCGACAGAAGAGAGAAGAAUAUGUUUUGCGGAUAGAUUACGGGAAGCGUUACGUAGAGAAGCUGAAAACUCCUGCACUACGAGUACUACUGGUGACUGGUCCACUGACAGUUCGAGUUAUGCGGUCGGCAUUAGCAUAUCCGGAGCUGAAGUGAACGAUAACGACAUCAGGGUAAAGCGAGGCGGCUCCGUUGGCUUUGUAUUGACAGAAAAAGAAACUACCGAAAAUGAGAACAGGUCUCCGCGACUGUCGAGAAAAGAAACAGGAAACAGUUCUAAGUACAGUUUUAGUACUGAAUAUACUUCAGAAUUAGACGAGGUUUAUGAGCAAUUUAAUCAGUGGCUAAACGAUCCAAUUAUAGAUAACGAUAACGAAAAUAAAAAUAGGGAACUGGACUCUCGAGAUUUAGCUGUGAUAAGAUUCGCCGGUUCUCUGUUAAAGCGGACACUUAGCGAGUCGAUGGCGAGUGGCGUGGGCGGCGCGGGCGCGGAGGCGGCCGAGCUGUACGGGCGGGACUCGCGAGAGAGGAUCGCGCCGCGCCGUCUCGCUCUCGCCGCUCGCUCCCUCUCGCUCGAACUUGCGCGACAUCGCCACCGUCUCGCUGCGCAUUUGAAACGUAAAGUAAAAGAAUCAAUACCUGAAGAAAAUAUAGAUAAAACGAGUAUAAAGAGCAAUAAAGAUGAAAAUAGUUCUGAUGGUAGCGAAUCGAGGUCCUUCAAUUCUUCUACCGACACUUGUUCCACACAGAAAUCGAACCCCGCAAUGAGAAAGAAAAAGCUAAACUGGGUCGUUAACAUGAUCGUUGAAACUAUUGAGGAAACAGUCGAAUGUGAACCUGUGACUCUUAAAAUAAAUAAACCAAAGUUAAAUCAACUAGCUCACAAAAUAGUGACUGGUGGUUCGUGUCGGCCGGUCGCCACCGGCAACUGGGGGUGCGGGAGGCGGCAACGCGGCCACCCGCAGCUCAAGCUGGUGUUGCAGUGGCUCGCCGCGAGCGUCGCUGGCGUACCUGCGCUGUUAUAUUAUACAUUUGGAAAUGAAAAAUUAUUUAAGCUGGACACAUUAGUGAGAGUUCUAACGGACAGGAAGUGGACGGUGGGGCAACUCGCGCGAGCAGUGCUGAAGUUCGCGCGGCAAACACUUCACGAACCGCACGUUAUUCCUGACAACCAUUCGCUCUUCGACGAACUAAUCGGCAUCGAAAAAAUUCCGGACAAUUUU